UACAUCCAGUUUUGAUAAAAAGUUACUUUCAUUCAAUCAUCGUUGGAUCUUUGUUAUAUAAGUUGACUUAUAUGACAAACGUACUUGAUUUUAGUAUAUUUCAAAUACAGAGGCUUGUCACAUAUGACAAAUUUUCACAAAAACAAAUAAUUCUGCACGUGAAAGUCGUUGCCAUGCUGGGAAAGUUGUUUAAAAAUGGCUGCCGCUGCAACACCUACGUGAUGUCCGCACCGCUCAUCUCAAACUUUGCUCAUUUGUCAGCAGAUACUGUUAAGUGACAUGUACUUCCUGUCCAGUCAACAAAAUUCUCGACCUGUAUUUGGAAGAAGAUUAAACAUUUUGCAGAAUCACAACUUGGAAGAUCUGUGAGUAGUUGAAGACCUCUGAUUAUUGAGACAGUAUGCCACCAGCUGUAGGCAGAAAGAAAACUGUCGUCUGCUAUAUCUGUGGUCGAGAGUUUGGUUCCUCGUCUGUCUCCAUCCAUGAACCGCAGUGUCUUAAAAAAUGGAGAGCAGAAAAUGAUAAACUACCAAAAACUCAAAGAAGAAAAACUCCAACUAGACCAGAGAUCCUGCCUUCUGUUGGAAAUGGAGAUAAUUCGGAUAUUGAACGGUUUAAUGAGGCAGCAUGGAAGAGUGCUCAGGGACAGUUAUUAGCAUGUGAAAAUUGUGGGAGGACGUUCAAUCCUGAUAGACUGCCUAUACACCAGAGAUCUUGUAAACCAGGUAAACAGAACCAGUCUGCUGUAAAGUCACAAGCUGAGAAUGAUGACCCUGAAUUUCGACCAAAAACAGCAACAGUUGUCAAUCCAAAGGUAAUUAAUAAAGGUAACGCUGUGCCGUUGGAGAAGCAGACGACUAGGAAGGAGGAAAGAUCGGACUCAAACCAGUCUGUGGAAAGAGAAAACAGUGCUAACCAGACUGCGUCUGCUUCACAGCAAGUGAAAAAAACAAAGGACCAGUCCAAAAUGAAACCACCGCCAGGUCCUAAGUUUGUGCUUUGUUAUAUAUGUGGACGUAAAUUUGGCGAGGCCUCAGUUGCUAUACAUGAGCCGCAGUGUUUAGAAAAAUGGAAAGUUGAAAAUGACAGACUUCCUAAAGGACAAAGAAGACCACUGCCAAAGAAACCAGAAGUGCUACAGUCUGGUGGAAAAUAUGACGUGGAUGCUAUGAAUGAGGCGGCAUGGAAGAGUGCACAGUCUCAGCUUAUACCAUGUGAUGGAUGUGGUCGCACAUUUGCACCGGACCGUCUCUCGGUACAUCAGAGAGCAUGUAAAGGGGCAGGAAAAGGAGGAGCAAAACCUGCUCAACAAGCAGGUAGUGGUGGUACAAAAAAGUUUGUAGAUGGUCCGGGGAUUAAACGUGAAGGAACGUAUACCUCAGAUAAUCCCAGUCCACCGAAGUCGAUUGUACCACCAGGUCCAAAGUUUGUUUUGUGUUAUAUCUGUGGCAGGAAGUUUGGUACAAAGUCAAUAGACAUUCAUACACCACAGUGUUUAGAGAAAUGGAAAGUAGAAAAUGAUAAAUUACCAAAGUCUCAGCGUCGACCCAUUCCCAGGAAACCUGAAACUGUUGGCGGGAGUGGACAAUAUGACGUAGAUGCAAUGAAUGAAGCAGCCUGGAAAAGUGCUCAAGCCCAGCUGAUACCUUGUGGUAACUGUGGGAGGACAUUUGCACCAGACAGACUGGCAGUUCACCAACGGGCAUGUAAACCAAAGGAUGGAUCAGCACCAAAACAAACACAAUCUGCUUCAAGUUCAGGGUCAUUUGGAGGUGGUCCAAAACCACCAAAAGAUGGUGCUAAAGGUGGUCCGCGUACUGUCGUCUGCUAUAUUUGUGGUCGAGAAUUUGGUUCCAAGUCUAUUGCCAUACAUGAGCCACAGUGUCUAGAUAAAUGGAAGAUUGAAAAUGAUAAACUACCUAAAGGACAAAGGCGGCCCCUACCAAAGAAACCAACAGGAGCUGUGACUAAAGAGCAGAUGAACGAUCUUGCCUGGGAGAAUGCCAAGGCUCAGUUAAUACCUUGUGAUAACUGUGGACGAAGAUUUGCACCUGACAGACUGCCUGUCCACCAGCGCUCCUGUAAACCGAAGGGUGGGGCCGCUUCGGGUGGUGGAGGGGGUACAGCUGCACCCGCAUCCAAGGCCCCUGUGAUAAAGAAGCCACCAUCCAUGGUUUGUUAUAUAUGUGGUCGAGAGUUUGGUACAAAGUCUAUUUCUAUACAUGAGCCCCAGUGUCUUGAGAAGUGGAAGGUACAGAAUGCCAAAAUGCCUCCCGGACAGAGAAGGCCAGAACCGAAGAAACCAGAAGUCAGAAAAAUAGGUGCCUCUGGCACGUACGAUGUUGAUGCAAUGAAUGAGGCAGCUUACAAGAGCGCCAUGUCCAACUUGGUACCGUGUCCAAACUGCGGCCGCACCUUCAACCCAGACAGACUCCCAGUUCACCUGAAAAGCUGUAAACCAAAACCCCCUAAGGAAGAUGCUUAGUUACUAAAUAAUACUAGUUAAUGCCUAGUUACCAUUUAAUGCCUAGUUACCAUUUUAGUGUACUUAAUUAGGAUAUUGAAGUGAUCAAAUUUUAAAAAGAAAAGUAGAAAAUAAAUGGUGGAUGACUGUUGAGGUAGAAUCACUGUAACUGUCAUCAUAAUUGUAACCCUUGGUUAACAACUUGUUUCCUUGCUGGACAGGUGAAUUUCAGAAUAAUUACAAAUGAUAUGCAAAACGAUCUGUUGAAAAAAUCUUGUUCACAUAAAUAUCUAAGACACUCCUGUUGGGGUAAGGUAUAAUUUGUUUCAACUGUUCUUAAAAUAGGGCCGCUCAAAAACACUAAAGAGCUUUUCAUUUUCGAUAUAUUGCAAACACUUACUCUUUUCGACAUUAUUGAUGUCAUUUUGUAUACUAUAUACCAAAAGCCACUUAUAUAUAUCUAUAUUAUAUAAUUCACCUGUCCAUGUUUUGAUGUACUGACCAGUCAAUAGUUCAACAUAAACAGAAAACAGUCACAAAAAUUUAUUUUUUUGAAGUCAUGUAAUAAAACACUAAUUGAAUGCUUUGCCAUUCAGUAGUAAACUACAGUUUUUACUACUGAUCAGCAAGCAAUCCAGUAAGUGAAUAAUAUAUACACGUAGACCUACCACACAACUGCAUGCUGAUAUAUUUUUCAUCCAGUUAGUUCCUGUGCUAGCCUACUAUUUUACAUUGUUGUUGAAAUCUUUUAAAGUUUUCUUGUUGGAAGUAUUAUGAACAAUAUGCUAUGUUUCCUGUAAUUCUGAAGUUGUUCAAAUGACACAUGUGUUCUAUUCUGUAGACAGAAAAUAAUGCCCUUGUUGUAUAUUUUUCAGGAUAAGAAAUAAACAUUUUAUGAUGUUUCCUUAGAAGUAAACAUUUUAUGAUGUUUCCAUAGAAAUAAACAUUUUAUCAGGUUUCCAAAGAUGACUAUGUGUACAUGUAUUUGUAUUUGGAGAAACUCUUCACACAGCUAGAGCAGGUCAAUGACAGAGAAUAAAUAGAGGAUAUUACAAUAGUGUCUUUUCAUAUUGAAUUUAUUAAACGAGUUGAAUAAAAU